ACAUUAAAGAUUUUUAUUAAAAAUUAAGAAAGAGCAUAAAUACAAAUGAAGAGCUCUACAAAAUCUUCUUGCUUCAAUGAAUUGAAUAAUGCUCUAAAGGCAAUUAAAAAGAAUCAAUAGCCUUAAAAGCUUUAACAAUAAAAUACUCUAAAUAAUUUAUUUAAUAGAUCCUCUUCUUAGGCUUCCAAUGUUCUUCUCACUUAAACAUCUUAGAGUACUCAAUAAAAUAUUGAUAUAUUUUCUUAAAGAAAUUCAAAUGCAAAUCUCAAGCUCUAAUUAAACGCUUCUAACAAAUUAGAAAAAAAAUCAUCUAAUGAAGUAAUAAGAACAUCUUAUGCUGAUUGUAGAAAAUCUCCAUAGAUUUCUUCGCCAAGAAUUAAGGAAAGAAGUGACAAAGUAUUAUGUUAAACAAGCGGCCGUAAAAGCUAAUAUUUAAAUAAUAGUAAUUUAAGUGGUAAUAACACUAGUGCGCAUAAUUCAAGAUAAGUUGUAGGAUAAAUAAAAAUUUCAUUGUCUAAAUCUUAAUCAAAAAAAAAUAUAUGUCAACAAAUAGAAGGAUAAAAAGAAGCAAGUUCUCAAAAUUUUAGAUAUGUGGAUUAAAAUAUUGCAAAGAAUGUUAAAACUGAAGCAAGUAAAUUAAGUAGGACCCAAAGUAAGGCAAAAUUGAUUAGUCCUGAUAAGAAAAAUCUGAGGUCUUAGGAAAAAAAUAAUUAAAGCAGUAAGAAAAAUAGUUAAUUUAUUGCUUAAAAAAGGCAAUUAGAACCUAGCCAAGAAAGUGAUAGAAAUGGACUAAAUUUGAGUUGCGAAGAAGACAAUUAUCACUUUAACAAUAAAGAAAAUUUUCAUGAAAAUAUACAGUCAUUAUCUCACUUGAUGAAGUAGAAUCCAUAAAAGAAGGUAGAUGACUAAAUAGUACUUUUAGAUUCACUUAAUAAGAAAAGAGAUUCUUAAAAAUUUAACCAAAGUAUCUAAUAAGCUUUACUAAAGAAGAGGAGUGAAGGAUUGUUAGAAAAUAAAAUUCCAAAUUUGAUGGCUUAAAUUUAAUAAUAAAAUUAGCAAGAAAAAUGUGAUAGUUAAGGAAGUUUUAACAAAAAUAAUAAAGCAUAGCAAAACAGUAUACAUAACAUUUUAAAUAGAGCAAAAUCUUAAGAAAAAAUUUAAUUUAAUAAUAAUUAAGAUUAAAAUUCUGCUCCUUACAGCAACAGCAAUGUAUAGGAACCUCAUUCAAUUAAUUCUUAAUCAUAAUCUUCUAUGGCAAUUAUGAUGAUGAUUCUUAAUUCGUCAAACAGUGCAAAGACAAUUAACAAUGCUGCAUAAUUGAAUAAUAACAAUCAGAUCACAACAAAGACAAUGCAGAAGAGCAACUCUAAAUCAAGUCUGCAUUCAUAGAAAAAUUUAGGUUAAUCGAAUUCAAAAAGUAUUUUAAACUAAGUAAAAUAAUCAAUGAGUUCAUCUAAUUAAAAUACAUAAGCUUCAAAUAAUUCUUAGCAUAAGCAGAGUAGUUCUAUUUCUUACUUGAAAUCUAAUUGCAGCAACACAGGAAAUCUUUCUAAAUCUAAUUCAAGUCUAAUUAAAAAUAAUUAGCUUAAUUAUAGUAGAGGUAUCAGUGAGACUCUGAAUGAUAACACUCAUAUAUUGUUAACAGAUCAUAGCUUUACAAACACUAGUAAUAACAACUAAAAUGUUUUAAAGUAUAUUUAAUAAUAACAACAAUAAAUCUUGAAUAACUAGAACACUACUGCUAAUAGUUUAUAUAGAGUAGCUAGUAGCUCAAAUUUUGGUGGAAAAGCAAAUUAAGCAGUCUCUAACGAUAAUCUUGAACAAUAAAUUUAAGAAAACAUGAGCCAUUAACUUAACCAAUAAAAUUUGUUAGCUUAAAAUAGUUUCAGUUCUCCACAAAAUACUUAAAAUAAUUUGAAUGGAGAUCAAGUCUAGAAAUUAUGUAUUGAUGAUUAUAGAAAGUAAACAAAUCUUUCAACAAAUAAAGUCAGGAACAGCGAACAUUAAAUGAUGCAGUAGCCUUAAAAAAGUUAUUUAGAUUUACUUAACAGAUAAAAUGCUAACAACAUAUAGUUAUAAAGUAAUGUUUCCAAUCAAAAUUUAAAUAAAUGUCAAAGUAGCUCUAAUAUUAAUCAAAUACUGAAUUCUUAAAGUGAUUUCAUAGAUUAGAACGUUAAUAGUCUCCUUAAAAUGCCUAUUAACAAUUUUUAAGCUGAUUUAAAAACUGAAUAAUCAUCAGUCUAGCUUGCUAGUUCUUCUACAUAGAAAAGAGUCCUUAAUUCUUCAUUUAAUAAAAUAAACACUUCUAUUAAUUCAAUUUAAUAACCCCAAUAAAAUUAAUAAAAUUUACAAUAUCAAUAAACUUAAAAAUAAAGUAAUAAUAUAACUAGUCCUCAAUCAAAAUAUUAAGUAAUUUCAAAUCAAACAGAGUCUUCAUUCUCGCAGACACAGUAACAACCUACAUUUUUAGUAGCUUAAGGAUUAAAUGGAGGAAACUAAAAUGGAGUUAGUAACAAUUAAAAUGUUCUGAUUUCUCAGUAUGUAUAAAGUUAUAAUGCAAAUAGAACAAAUACUUAAUAAUCUGAAACCAAUUUCACUUUUCAAAAUAACUCGUAGAAUCCAGCAACUUCAGUUGCUCAAUAGCAUUAAAAUUAUGAACAAGAUUUUACUUAUUAAGCUGAAGAAGAAUAAAUGUAUAUAAAGCUUAAUAACAUAACAAAUGCUCAAUAAAUAAACUAGAUUCAAUAAUAAGAUAAGUAUGCAACUUCUUGUUUUUAAGGAAAUAACUAAGAGGAAGAGUAGUCAAUUGAAACUAUUUAGAGGAGGUGCUCAUAACCAAUUCAACAGUAACAAAAAGGCUAGAAUAUAGUAAGUUAAAACUAAAAGCCUUUUUCAGUGCUGUUCAAUAAUUUAUUUAGCAAUAAGAAUGUUAACUAAAAAUAAAACAAUUCUGAAGAAAGGAACUAAACCUAAAAUUAAAAUAAAAAUAUUAAUUAAAUAAAAAGGAAAAAUAGUAACAGCUUAGUUUCAUACAACACUAAUCUAAUUAAUUUGACUAAUAAUGCUAUAAAACCAAAUCCAAAAACAGAAAGCUCACCUACUGAUAACAAACAAGAAAAUAAAAAUGAAAUUACUUAAAGCAGUACAAACUAAGGAUACAUCAAUAGUCUUAUAAUUUAAAGAAAUUCUUAGGGAAUAUUACCACAAGAAGUCAAGGAAAAGUAUAAAUAUAAAAGAACACCUAGUCUAACACAAUUUAAUUUUUGUAAUUAAUAAUCUAAUUUAUAAAUCUAACCAUUAUCUAAUAAAAACACUUCCUUUGAAGGUUUUAAUUUUAAUAUAAAAAAUUGUCAACAAAGUUAAUAGCAGUAAAUUAGUUUGUUUUAAGAUGCAAUUGACUUAAAUAUAUAGAACUAACAAUAUUAAAAAGAUCAAUAAAGUUCGGAAGAAUAAAAUCAUAAUAAUUAACUUACUAAAAUAGAUUAAAAAUAAUCCAAUUAAAAUUAGAAUGGACAAACUGAGUUACAAAAGUAAAUGCAAGUAAUUUAUGAUAAAAUGAAAUAAAAAUUGAUACACUACAAGUCAGUAGAGUAGAAAUGGAAUAAUGAAAAAAUAACUCUCUUGAGUUAAGUAGAAUCUUUAUAAAAUCAAGUUAACUUUCUUAUUGAAGAAAAUAGUUUGUAUAAAAGAAGUGUGGUUACAUAUAAUAACUAGAAUGAAAAACAACAAACAAAUUCUAUCUACUCUUCUAUAGAUGCAAUAUUUCAAAAUUUCUGA